AUGACCUCUAAUAUUUCAACAACAGUAAUAACAAUUGAUCCAUCGGUAGUUACUUUAAAUAUUGCUCGUAUUGGAAUUCAACGAUUUGGUCAACUAAUUCUUUUUGCACUAGAUAUUAUUGGAUGUAUAUUCAAUAUAGCAAUAUUUCUUCGUCCUUCAAUGCGUACAAAUUCAUGUGCAAAUUUAUGUUGUUUAACAUGGGGUUUAUUUAUUAGUAUGCUUGAUUUUUUUAUGAAUUAUAAUUUAUUAAACUACAGUUCAGCAUAUUGUAAAAUUCGUUCUUAUAGUCUUACUGCAGCUCAAUUAGCAAGUCGAGCAUGUGUAGUUUUAGCAUGUUUUGAUCGUUUUCUACUCUGUUCACAAUCAGUUCGACAACGAUCAUUUUGUCGAUCUAAUAUUGCAGUUAAAGUUAUGUUAUUAACUGUUACUAGUUGUGUUUGUUUAUCAAUUUAUGUCUUAGUUGUUUAUAAUGCAUUUCCUCAAACACGAUCAUGUACGACUUCAUCAGCAAUAGGAAAAAUAAUUGAUACAACAGUUUUAUUUGCAUUUAAUUUGGGAACACCAGCUCUACUGAUGAGUACAUUAAGUGGGUUAAUUCUAUGGAAAUUAAAACAAAAUUCAAUACGAAUUGCUCGUCAAAGAAUUCAUGUUCGUCAUCGACAUCUUCAACUUGCAACUAUGCUUAUUGGACAAGUUAUAUUAUAUACUGUAACAGCAUUACCAUUUGUAAGUACAUUUGUUUAUAUGAAAAUUACACGAUACGAUCCACAAUCAAGUAAAUCAGCAUAUCGUAUUGCGGCAGAAAGUUUUGGAACAUUUAUAUUUAAUGCAUUAAGAAUUUAUUUUAUAUUUAAAUUGAACAUAUUUGAUUGUGUCAUUUCAGAUGAGUUUUUAUGUUUAUACAUUAACAGCUCCAAGUUUUCGUCGUGA